CAACACCAAGCACCUCUCUCUCUCUCUCUCUCUCUCUCUCUCUCUCUCUCUUCUUGCUCCUCUCUCCUCUCUUCCUUCUGCUUAUUCAGCUUUUUUUUAUCCUCUUUGCUUCAACAAUUAACCUUAGAAGGGAAAAAACAGACACCAAAGGUUGAAUUUUGUUGCUUCUCUUUAGAAGACGAAGAAGAAGAAGAAGAAUCUGUGUGGUGUUUUUUGUUGAAUUUGAGAGUUAUUACUUUCAGUGAAAGGGAGAUUUUUUUAUUAUUUUUAAUUUUUAUUUUGGGGAAUGCGAAGUUUGUGGAAAUAGUGUGUUUUGGAUGAGAGAUCUGUGUUUGUCGGAGAAAUGGCAUCAUCGGAGGCAGCAACAACCAUCAAGGUUAAUGGUAAUUCUCACAACAAUAACAACAACAACAACAACUCUUCGGAGCUGAACAACAAUGUUCAUUCUUCAUCUUCUUCCUCCACCUCACCCAAAGACGCGGAAGCUGCACUUUACAGGGAGCUAUGGCAUGCGUGUGCAGGUCCUCUUGUUACAGUUCCAAGAGAAGGAGAAAGAGUUUUCUAUUUCCCUCAGGGACACAUAGAACAGGUGGAGGCGUCAACAAAUCAGGUGGCUGACCAACACAUGCCUGUGUACGAUCUUCCUUCCAAGAUCCUUUGUCGGGUCAUCAACGUGCAGCUCAAGGCGGAGCCCGACACAGAUGAGGUGUUUGCCCAGAUUACCUUGCUUCCGGAACAAAAUCAAGAUGAGAAUGCGGUCGAGAAAGAACCUCCACUGCCACCACCACCGCGCUUCCAUGUACAUUCAUUCUGUAAGACGCUGACCGCAUCUGAUACAAGCACCCACGGUGGGUUUUCCGUUCUGAGGCGACAUGCUGACGAGUGCCUUCCUCCCCUGGAUAUGUCAAAGCAGCCGCCUACCCAGGAAUUGGUGGCGAAGGAUUUGCAUGCGAAUGAAUGGCGAUUUAGGCACAUAUUCCGAGGUCAACCUCGGAGGCACUUGCUUCAAAGUGGCUGGAGUGUUUUUGUUAGCUCCAAGAGGCUAGUUGCUGGGGAUGCCUUCAUAUUCUUAAGAGGUGAGAAUGGGGAGCUUCGUGUGGGCGUACGGAGAGCGAUGAGACAGCAGGGGAAUGUCCCAUCCUCGGUUAUUUCUAGCCACAGUAUGCAUCUUGGGGUUCUUGCAACUGCUUGGCAUGCCAUCUUGACAGGAACCAUAUUCACUGUUUAUUAUAAACCGAGGACUAGUCCUGCUGAGUUCAUUGUUCCAUACGACCAAUAUAUGGAAUCUCUAAAGAAUAAUUACACCAUAGGGAUGCGGUUUAAAAUGAGGUUUGAAGGUGAAGAGGCUCCAGAACAGAGGUUUACUGGUACCAUUGUUGGAAUAGAAGAUGCUGACUCAAAAAGGUGGCCUGAAUCAAAAUGGAGAUGCCUCAAGGUGAGAUGGGAUGAAACAUCUAACAUUCCCCGUCCAGAGAGGGUUUCCCCUUGGAAAAUAGAGCCUGCUCUUGCUCCUCCAGCUCUGAACCCUCUUUCAAUGCCCAGGGCUAAAAGGCCUCGAUCUAAUGUACCUAAUGUACCAAUUCAAUCAUCCCAAGAUUCUUCUGUCCUAACUCGAGAAGCAUCGUCUAAAGUAAGCGCAGACCCUUCACCAGCAAAUGGAUUCCCAAGGGUCUUGCAAGGUCAAGAAUUCUCGACCUUGCGUGGCAAUUUCGCAGAAAGUAACGAGUCCGACACAGCUGAGAAAUCUGUUGUUUGGCCACCUGUAGAUGAUGAGAAAGUUGAUGUUGUUUCAAUGUCACGGAGGUACGGUUCAGAGAACUGGAUGUCAAUGGGAAGGCAUGACACGUCCUAUUCAGAUCUUCUUUCAGGUUUUGGGGCCAGCGGAGAUCCGUCCCAUCCAUCCUUGGGAGAUCAAAUGGGUGGACCUGUGGCCUACUCUGCCAGAAAGCAUGUGUUAGAUCGCGAAGGCAAACUUAAUGUGCAUCAUCCUUGGCCAGCAAUGUCCUCAGGUUUUUCACUAAACCUCUUGGAGCCUAGUACGAAAGAAUCUCCACGCGGCAGCGAAACACCUUACCAAGCUCGAGGGAAUUUGAGGUACGGCCCAUUCAGUGAAUAUCCGGUCAUUCCUGGUCACAAAGUUGAGCAUCCACAUGGAAAGUUGAUGCUGCCACCACCCCCAACUCAAUACGAGAGUCCUUGUUCAAGAGACCUUAUGUCCAAACCAAUGUCAGCGAAAACAUAUGAGACAGCGAAACCAAAAGAAGGUGACUGUAAGCUAUUUGGCAUCUCACUUAUCAGUAGCCCUACUGCUGCACCGGAGCCUUCUGUAUCACAUAGAAGUGGGACGACUGAGCCAGCUGGUCAAGCACAUCUCAAAUCACACCACCAACGCACUUCUGAAAAUGAUCAGAAAACAGAACAAUCAAAGGGCUUGAAAUCGGCAGAUGGUCAAGUUAUUGUUGAUGACCAUGACAAACCGUCAAAAACUUCCCAGGUGCAUCUUAAAGAUGGUCAGGCCAAACCACUAAGCAGCUCAGCUAGGAGUUGCACCAAGGUCCACAAGAAGGGGAUUGCGCUUGGUAGGUCUGUGGAUCUGACAAAGUACAGCAACUAUGAUGAAUUGGUUGCUGAAUUGGAUCAGCUGUUUGAAUUUGGAGGUGAAUUAAUGUCAACAAGAAAGGAUUGGCUUAUUGUCUACACUGAUAAUGAGGGUGACAUGAUGCUCGUCGGGGACGAUCCAUGGCAGGAGUUCUGUGCCAUGGUUCGCAAAAUUUAUAUCUACCCGAAAGAGGAGAUUCAAAAGAUGAGCCCAGGUACCUUAAGUUCAAGAAAUGAAGAGAAUCAUUCAGCUAGUGAAGGAACUGAGGCAAAAGAAGUCAAAAGUCAGCUGCACCAGAAGUUAAAUUCAGAAAGUGUGGCUACGGUCCACGAUAAUUAGUAGCUUGAUUACUUAUAACUUCCAGAUUCAGGGCUGGAAAAUACGGGACCGUAAAAUUCUGCUUUUCGGUUGGAGAAUAUGGCCUGAAGAACUUUUAAUUAACUGUUGUUUGCUUUUGAAGUGACUUUGUGGAAUCAGAAUAUGGAUGGCAUUUGAACCGAGUAUCCAUCCAAUUUUGGACAUAAUCCUGGAAGUUAGUAGAGAGUAUGUGCAUCAUGCCAAAUUAUACACUCCCUAGUAGUACUAGUGUUGUAAUCAUUGUGUUUUAGAGCAAAGGUAUGAUAUGGGGUGAUAUCAUAAAAACCUUGCAUUUUUUUAUCAACAACAAUCCUCUACCAUUUUAGCAGUAGUAUUAGUAGUAGUAGUUGUACAUAGUUUGUUUUUCACUCCUUCCCUCUGAACAGUGAACACCUCCAACCCCAUUAAUGUAAUGAAGUUCAUUAAUACAAGGGAGGGAGCCUUAUGUCUUAUGGUUGGAAAACUAAGUUUAUCUGAUGAUUUUUAA